UCUCCAUCACCAAUCACCUCGACCAUACACUCCCCAUCAACAUGAGACCGCCAGCACCUGUUCUUCAUGCAUUGGCAGAAGCCAGAGCAAGAAUAUUCCAAACCGCACCACCAAGAGCACUAGGAGAAUCACCUUCGCUACGAACAGGUGCAAAGUUCUUAAAGAAAAGACUUGUUGGUCCAUCAAUGCUGGCCUACUAUCCACCUACAGUAAGCUUUAAACCUUUGAACAAAGCACUUUAUGGUCCUGGUGGUCCACACGAAGGUGAAACAUGGCAAGCCCCAGACGGUACAACCAGAACUGGUUUGAUCGAUUUGAAAGAGUUGCAAAGGUUGCACGAUGUCGAACAUAAGAAAGCAAUCGGAAAAGGACCUCCAAAGAAAGGUCAAGGAAGAAGAGCGACCAGAGGAAAGGGUGGAAAGCGGUAAUCUACCAAGCUGUAAUGCCUCCUGUACGAUUAGCAAAUAUGAUACUUUAUUUCUACACAUGAUUGGUACAAGUGCGAGUGUGCUAAACAAUGCUGAAGCUAUGAUACAAAUGAUUACGAUUCAGUCGGAUCUUUCCCACGCGAAAUCUGACCAACUUCCUUU